AUUUAACGGCCCCCGUCGCCUUAAAAGGUCGUGAGAGUCGCUUGGACAUUCCUGCCAUCGCCAAUAUUAUUUUUGUUGUGUGGAGAGCAGCUCCCGUUCAGAGCGCCGCGCCAGUUUGCGCCUUCGCUCGGAUUCGGAUCUCGGUCGGGUUCCUGACGCGCGCCUCUCCGAAAGACUCUCGGCUGUUUGCAGACCUUGGCGAGAACGUUUUGAAUCUUCUGACUAAAAGAGCUAGAGAACUGAGCUAAAGAGGACGCGAUGUCGGGAUCGAUACCGUUCUACCAGAAACACCACCGCCACUAUGACCGCGGCUACCGUAGCCGAGAGACGGAGUCUGCUAUCAGCCAAUACCAGCAGAGCUCUAGCACUUACUCUUCACACGGCAGCAAAAGCAGCAAGGGCAUCAGAGCUGCCACGUACACGGCUCUAGAUGAGUCCGGGCUGAGUCCUCUGCCCAAGAGAGCCAAACCGACGUAUCUGGCCAUGGACAAGGAGAACCAGAUCAUCGGUUAUGUGGUGCCCAUCUUCAGGGGCAGCCGCGAGUUUGAGAGCGGCCUGUCGGACGCCGAGGAAGCGCGCGCUAAAGAGAGCGCCGGAUAUCUGGCUCGCCGUGACCUCUUCGCUAGCGGCGUGGAGUCAGAGCGCAUCGAGCACAAGUCCCGCAGAACCGUCGUGAGGGAGUCUGCCGAGCGCAUCUCGCUUAGCAAGAGGAUCCAUGAGAACGAAGAGUACCAUAAGCGUCUGAACGAGGACAGCCUGAUGCACACUCCCGAGUUUGUGAUCAAGCCACGAUCCCACACUGUUUGGGAGAAACAGUGUGUGCGGCUGCACUGCACCAUCUCAGGAUGGCCUGAACCACGUCGUGUGUGGAUUUGUAUGUGGAUUGAGAUCUCGUUCUUCUCUUUUAGGUACAAGAACAAUGUUAGCAUCGAUCCGAUGUCCAAACCAGGGAAGUACAAAGUGGAGAGCAGCUACAGCGUCCACUCCCUGGAGAUUAACAAGUGUGACUUCGAUGACACCGCACAGUAUCGCGUGUCGGCUAUGAACAGCAAGGGCGAGGCCUCGGCUUUUGCUUCUGUUGUCGUCAAAAGAUUCAAAGGAGAAGUCGACGAGUCUCUGCCCUCUCCCAGACUUCCACCUUGUCUGGAGUACGGAGUGACGUUCGAGACGCACAUCGUGGAGAAGUUCGGUGUGUCCUUUGGACGUGAGAGCGAGACGCUGAGUUUCGGCUGCUCUGUUAUCAUCUACCCGUCCCUGCAGCGCUUCCAGCCCGAGAUAGAGUGGUACAGAGACGAUAAACUGCUGGUGCCGUCGAAAUGGGUUCAGAUGCACUGGAGCGGUGACAGAGCGACGCUGACUCUCUCGCACCUCAACAAGGAGGACGAAGGACUCUACACGCUUCGUGUGAUCACCAAAUCUGGCUUCGAGUCACACUCAGCCUAUGUCUUUGUCAAAGAUUCUGACGCGGAGGUUGCAGGAGCUCCUGGUGCUCCCUUAGAUGUUCACAGUCUGGACGCCAAUAAGGACUAUGUCAUUGUGAGCUGGAAGCAGCCUGCUGUGGACGGAGGAAGCCCCAUUCUGGGAUACUUUGUUGACAGGUGUGAAGUUGGCACGUCGCACUGGGCUCAAUGCAAUGACACUCCGGUCAAGUUUGCACGCUUCCCUGUGACUGGCCUGGUGGAAGGACGAAGCUAUGUGUUUCGAGUGCGCGCGGUCAACAAGGCAGGCAUGAGCCAUCCAUCCCGUGUGUCUGAACCGGUCGCCGCUAUGGACCCUGCAGACCGCGCAAGAAAGGGUCCUUCUGCUCCUUGGACUGGACAGAUCAUUGUGACCGAGGAGGAACCCGUGGAGGGAGUGGUUCCCGGCAGACCUCGCGAUCUCUCGGUCAUCGAGGCCACUAAAAACUACGUGGUGUUGAGCUGGAAGCCUCCAGGCGACAAGGGCCACGAAGGGGUCAUGUAUUACGUGGAGAAGUGUGUAUCAGGCACAGACAGCUGGCAGCGGGUCAACACCGAAAUCCCCGUCAAAUCUCCACGUUUUGCUCUUUUCGAUCUGGCCGAGGGCAAGUGUUACCGUUUUCGUGUGCGCUGCUGUAACUCAGCCGGUGUUGGUGAACCGUCAGAACCGACCGAAGCCACUACGGUUGGGGACAAGCUGGAUAUCCCAUCAGCCCCUGGCCGCGUGGUUCCUACCCGCAAUACAGACACAUCUGUGGUAGUUUCAUGGGAAGCGUCACGUGACGCUAAAGAGCUGGUGGGCUACUACAUUGAGAGCAGCAUCGCAGGGAGCAACGCUUGGGAGCCAUGCAACAAUAAACCAGUUAAAGGAACCAGGUUUAUCUGUCACGGCUUGACCACUGACGAGAGUUACGUUUUCCGCGUGAGAGCCGUCAACGCUGCGGGAAUCAGUGAAUUCUCACAGGAAUCAGAAGCCAUUACAGUUAAAGCUGCUAUCGGGGGCGGUAUUCUUCACGCUUCACCCACCCCACCCUACGGUAUUACCGUUCUGGAGUGUGUCCGGGACGCCAUGGUACUGGCCUGGAAACAACCCACUUUCAUUGGCGGUGCUGACAUCACCGGAUACUUCGUUGAUUACCGUGAGGUCAUUGGUGGAGUCCCGGGAAAAUGGCACGAGGCGAAUAUUAAGUCUGUCAGCGAGAGAGCUUACAGAGUUUCAGAGUUGAAGGAAAACAUGCUGUACCAGUUCCAGGUACGUGCAGCCAACAUGGCCGGCGUGGGGAUCCCGUCUCUUCCCAGCGAGACGUUCAAGUGUGAGGAGUGGACUAUUGCUGUACCGGGACCACCCCAUGACCUCCAAGUGCAGGAGGUGCGUAAGGACUCUGUGGUCUUGCUCUGGAAAGCCCCUGUCUACCAGGGUCGUGAUCCUGUCAAUGGAUACUACAUUGAUAUCAAAGAGGCUGAAGCGGCCUUUGAGAUGUGGAGAGGAGUCAAUGAGAAAGCCACUGACAAGACAUUCAUGAAGAUCAAGGAUCUGAAGGAGGGGGAAUCGUAUGUUUUCCGUGUGCGUGCUCAGAACAAGGCUGGUGUGGGAAAAGCAUCAGAUCCUACAGAGACGGUUAAGGCGGUGACUAAACCAGGCACCGCUGAGAUAGUCGUGAACGUUGACGAUGAUGGCGUCAUUUCGCUGAAUUUUGAGUGCUCUAACCUCACCGCUGACUCCAAGUUUGUCUGGUCCAAGAACUACGAGGAAAUGUCCGAACCUGAACGCAUGACCUUAGAGACCAAGGGUAACAAGUCCAAAGCCAGCUUUAAGACACCUUCAGAAGAAGACCUGGGUAUCUACUCUUGUUUCGUGACACACACUGAUGGAGCCUCUGCCAGCUACACGCUCUCCGAGGAAACUCUAAAAGAUCUCCUGAAGAUCAGCCACGACCACAAAUUCCCCAUCAUCCCUCUGAAGACGGAGCUGGCCGUGCAGCUGCUGGAGAAGGGCAGAGUUCGCUUCUGGUUGCAGGCUGAGAAAAUGUCCGCCAAUGGAAAAGUCGAAUACGUGUUUAACGACAACGUGAUCCACCAGGGAGAGAAAUACAAGAUGAACUUUGAUAAAAACACCGGCGUCGUUGAGAUGUUCAUGGAGUCUCUGAGCAAAGACGACGAGGGGACGUUCACUUUCCAGCUUCAAGACGGCAAAGCCACGAACCAGUCCAGUCUAGUGCUGAUCGGAGACGUGUUCAAGCAGUUACAGAAAGAAUCAGAGUUCCAGAAAAAAGAAUGGAUUAGAAAGCAAGGUCCACACUUCGUGGAGUAUCUGGGUUAUGAGGUGACCCCUGAGUGCUGUGUGAGACUGAAGUGUAAGGUCGCUAACAUGAAGAAAGACUCUGUGGCGCUGUGGUAUAAGGACGGACGAGAGAUUAAGGUCAACGAGAAAUUGGAUUUCUCUGAAGGAGUGUUGACUUUGGAGAUCGCUCAGAUCUCCAAAAAAGAUGCCGGUGUAUAUGAAGUGGUGCUGAAGGACGACAGAGGCAAAGACACCUCCACCCUCAACCUCACAGACCAAGGAUUCAAAGACCUGAUGAACCAGGUUUUUAGUGUUAUUGCGAACUCCUCGACUCCGCUGAAGAUCCAGAGCACAGAGGAGGGAAUCAGGCUUUACACCUUCGUCAGCUACUACAACGACGAGCUGCACGUCACCUGGCAUCACAAGGACGCUGCGAUCGCAUUCACCGAGCGCAUUAAGAGCGGUGUGGUGGGAGAGCAGCUCUGGCUGCAGAUCUCUGAACCCACAGAGAAGGAUAAAGGCAAAUACGCCAUCGAGUUCUUCGACGGGAAAGGAGGCUUGCGCCGAACUGUGGAGCUCGCUGGACAAGCAUUUGACGACGCAUACGCUGAAUUUCAAAGACUCAAGGCUGCAGCUAUUGCCGAGAGAAAUCGCGCGCGCGUGGCAGGCGGCCUGCCUGACGUCGUGACCAUCCAAGAGGGCAAGUGUCUGAACCUGACCUGCAAUAUCUGGGGCGACCCCGUGCCCGAGGUCACCUGGCUAAAGAACGAGCGCGAGAUGGUUUCCAACGAUCACUACAUCCUGAAGUUCGAGUCCGGCAAGUUUGCCAGUUUCACCAUCACCAGCGUCAAUACGGCCGACUCCGGCAAGUACAGCAUCCUGGUGAAGAACAAGUACGGCACGGAGAGCGGGGACUUCACCUUGAAUGUGAUCGAUAACAUGGGUGAUUUUGGUGUGGUGUCGUAUCUGGCCGACGCAGACGGAAACGUGAUAGUUGGACCGUCAACUCCUCGCUCAACGACGCCUUCAACCAGAUCGGUUCCCACAACCCCGGCUAAUACAGACCCCCAAACUAAUACCAGAGCGACCCCGAACCCCGAAAAUCAAACCCCGAGGACAGAACGUUCCUCAACCCCAACUCCACCUCCUCAGAUCCCCUUAAACCCGUCCUUGGUUUCCCCGAACCCCGAAAAUCAAACCCUGAGUACAGAACGUUCCUCAACCCCAACUCCACCUUCUCAGAUCCCCUUAAACCCGUCCUCGGUUUCCCCGACCCCUCAAAAUCAAACCCCAGAUACUCCAGCCUCAAACACAUCCACUCCUCAACCCUUCAGUCCCACGGCAGCGGAGGAGGAGGAGGUAACAGAUUCGGUAAAGCUGGCUUUAGAGACGGAGCUGGUACGCGUUUCUGGACCAGAGCCCACCACUUCAUCAGAACCAGACCUUUCUACGCCGGCUCUUCAAACUGAAAACCACGGAAAUGCGCGUGAAAAGAAAGAGGAUUAAAAAUGCUUGAGGACACGGUUUAACUGUAUCUGUGUUUCAGAAGCGGGACAUGAAUCACGCUAGUCGUGGUUUUAGAGAUUUGAGUGUGUCUUUUCAAAUACUUCAGAAACGUUCGAUGGGAGGGACAAUGGUAUAUUAAGCCGUUGCGUUGUUUUCUCUGAAACAGGUUUGGGUAAAACAUAAUUAUUACUAAAAAGGUCAAACCAUCUAUAGAAAAAAAGAAAGAAAAAAUUGUUUCGAGAAAAAAAUAAAAUUGGAAAAAGUAUAACAACACUCAAAAAACUGUAUAACAACACUCAAAUAGGAUCGUUCUCUAUUAUAAAUAGCAUCUAAUUACUAUUUAAACUUAUUGCAAAUAUCUGCUACUUUUACACAGCAAAAAUAGUACAAUUUUCACAAAAAAAUGCCACUGUUGCACUUCAGGUAAAUCGAAUAUAUCAGUAUUUUCAACAGCUGCUGACCUAAACUACUGUGAAAUCUUACAGCAUUUACCAGUUUUUGUAGAAACACGACUUUUUCCUCAAAGCAAAGUUUCUAAUGGAGCUGAAAAGUUUCUACGGUGUCCCUAAAAGGACAUGGUGACGGAUUUGUGUUCUCUUUGCGUUCCUUUUGCAUUUUCUCCAACAUAGAAACUUUUAACUUGACUACAUGAAGAAAGUGAUAUAAAAAAACAGAUCUGGUACACAGAUUAUUAAAAAUAAACUACGAGCAGGCAAGCGGAUGAACCCAAAAAGCAACAUGCUGAACGGUUUUGAAGAAAAUGUUUGCGUAGCGACAGAAUGCAUCCAUUUUUCCCUCCCAUCUAAUUUUUGAAUAGCACCAUGUUACUUUUAACACAUGUUCCUGGUUUAAUUGUGUACAAUUAGUCAUUAAAUGUGCUAAAUGCAACUCAUUUUCAUCUUUUAGUAUUAGCUCACAGUACAGCUUUACUGACCCGUUCUCUUAGCAGAUGUUUUAUCUAAAGAAGCUUGCAAGCUACAAGCACAACCUAUUAAAUACAGGAAAUGUUUUGAAUAUGUAUGCAUGUUUAUAUGUUUGUUUAAAUAAAAUGUAGAACCACUAAUUGAGCAAUAGUAUU